AGCUAAGCCUAAGGUGGACCAAGCUUAUCGUAACUGCUAUUCUGCCCCCGCCACCCGGUUGUUGUCCUACUCUAAUGCCAGCAAUCAACACAGCAACAAACAGUCCAAAGUUGGGACGAUGUGUAGCCUUCCAGCUUUGGAGCGAUUUUGCUCAUGGUCGCCUUUCGCCAGAAUGAUACGAGAUUACACAGAUCCUCUUAUCGCGCAAUCCACAUUGAAAAUCGCAACAUGCACCAAGCCAAAGUCCGCUAUUAUUCGUCACAGAUCUACCGUUCCCACGCCAAGUAAAAACUAGGAGGUCGGUUAUAACGGUAGCAUGCCUAGUUUUAUGCGUCUGUACUUCUGACCACCAUCUUCCGGUGCGACAUGGCCCUCUUCGAUUCGAAAGCUCACGCUGAGCACCCCUCACCCACGGCAAACUAUAGCGACGAUGACUUCCAACGAAUGGACCCCAGUGGAGUCAAGCGAGGGCUCAAAACUCGCCAUCUAUCCAUGAUGGCGCUCGCUGGAAUUAUUGGACCUGGUAUUCUGGUCGGUACUGGUGGCGCUCUCGCAGAGGGAGGACCGGCAUCUCUGCUCAUAGCUUUCAGCGUUAUCGGAUUCAUCGCUUUCAGUAUUACGCAAUCCUUGGGAGAAAUGACAACAUUGUAUCCGACCGGUGGCGCUUUCGUUACGCUUUCUGAUCGAUUUGUCGAUAAAGCAUUCGGAGUUGCGGUAGGAUGGCAGUACUGGCUGGUGUGGGCAUGCGUGCUAGCCAACGAGUACAACGUCAUCUCCUCUAUUCUGGUCUUUUGGGGUCCAGAGGUGCCUCUAUGGGGCUACUUCCUCAUCUUCUGGUUUGCAUUCCUAGGCUUCCAGAUGUUGGGCGUCGAGUCUUUCGGCGAAGCAGAGUUCUGGCUUGCCCUAAUUAAGCUUGCAGGACUUUGCGCUUACUUCAUCUUUGCCAUCAUCUAUGCUUCUGGCGGUCUCAUUGGGCAGGAUGAAGCACUCGGAUUCCGGUACUGGCACAACCCUGGCCCGUGGGUAGACGGCUUCCGUGGAGUAGCCACAGUCUUCGUUUUCGCUUCAACGUUUUACGCGGGUGUCGAGGCAGUCGCCGUGGCCGCUACAGAGACCAGAAACCCAUCCGUAGCUGUACCUCUUGCAAUCCGACAAGUCAUCUGGCGAAUCCUCUUCGUAUACAUCGGAGUUGCCUUCUUCUUUGGGCUCACCUGCCCCUCGAAUGCGGACGGCCUAGCGAACGGAGCCAGUCGCGCACUCAAAAGCCCUAUGACCAUAGCGCUCCAGAAUGCUGGAUGGCAAGGAGGCGUGCAUCUCAUCAACGCCUUCAUCUUUAUAACGGUCUUGAGCGCUGCGAACAGCUCAAUCUACAUUGGAUCCAGGACUAUACUCUUCAUGGCACAAGAGAAGAUGGCGCCGAAGUUCCUUGGGAGGACGAAUAGUCGCGGCGUGCCUAUUUACGCAAUAGUUUUCACAAACUUGUUCGGUGCGAUAUCUAUGAUGAACGUCAGCACGGGAGGUGGUCAGGCGUAUUCCUACAUCGUCAACCUGAGCGGUGUCUCUACCUUCCUUGUUUGGGGUUCAAUUUCUUUUACACACAUUCGCUUCCGGAGAGCUUGGAAAGCACAAGGUCGAACGCCCGAUAUGUUGCCUUUCAAGUCGCUCGCUUACCCGUGGAAUGCCUACUUUGGAGUAUCUGCCAACAUAUUUCUCGCUCUUGUCCAGGGCUGGACCACCCUGAGCCCAUUCGAUGCAGGCACAUUUGUUGAUGCCUACAUUAUGCUGCCAGUGUUCGGGAUCAUGUUUGUGGGAUACAAAGUCCUAUUCAAGACAAGAUUCAGACGAAGCCAAGAGGUUGAUCUUGACACGGGAAUGAGGAAGGACUUGGAUAUGAAGGAUGAAUACGUACAGACAGAACCACAUACCGAGCCGCGAGUGAAGCAAGGCUUUGUGCAGAAACUCUGGCGGAAUUUCUGAGUAGGAUGAUCAGGGUACUUGGUCCGCUGUACGACAUUGCAAUGAUCGACAAAAGAAUAAUUCCAGUCCACAAUUCCGAUUCACGCAAACAUAUGUAGCUACAGAGAAAGGCUGAUCAUCGCCGCUUGCUGAUAAAUGAUACCAAGCGCCUC